AUGCGGGGAACAACGGUUCUGAAGGCUCAACCGCCAUAUGAUAACACGCUCCUGAUAGGAUUGUCGGCCGAAGUGUGGAGCUAUAGAGUCAUAGGACACAGCUGGCACAAUGACCUCAUGCGUGAGUUGUAUGGGGCCUUCCGGAAGGUAAUUUCACGCGACGGCUGGAUGAGCACAAUUCACGGUGUGCUUGUGGCAACACUCGAGAGAAUUGCAGACGCUAUACAGAGAGGUGUUGUGAAAGAUGGGAAUAGCAGGCGAAACACCAGAGAGAAAAGAGACAUGCGGAUCGCUUCACCGCUAGUGCCCAAAAUUGGCAGUAUAAGUGACUCCACUAGACUAUGGUCAUUGACACAGGCUAGCUUUGUAAUCAUGACAGACGAGCAAUCCUUUGCUUGUAGAGGUCAUGUUGAGAAGGGCGUGAUGAAUUAUGGUGUCCUGUCGGACAAGCAUAUGAGCUGGGCUGGCUCUAUCCUGAAUGGGCCCGACUCCGAGAGGCCCAUCCAACACCGAUGGUGCAAAGCAGAAGGUGGAGGAUGUGAAAGCUUCCCAUGGCCCUCUCACGCACUGACGGGAGCGAGCGGUAUAUUCGUGGAACAGACCCAUCAUUGGCAUUGUAACGGUAACACGUUCAGCUGGCUUGUUGUCCUUAUAUCAAAGUACUGCCACUACAGGCAUUUUUCAUCUAAGGCUUUGUUAUGA